CUCACUCCUCAGGCUGGCAAUCGGGCGUGGGGGUGAUUUAGGUAGGUAGGUAGGUAUACCUGGAAGGAAGGGCACCCAGCUUCAGCAGGGCGGCUGCUCUGAGCUGCGGCCGUUCAGAGGUUCAAGCGGGCAAUGAGGGUUGCAAGCAAUGAUGCUCGCGUUUGACCUGCUGGGCUAGGUUGGAACUGGAAAUGCAAGAGCACUUUUGUCUUGCCAGUCGGAAGGGUGGUGGAACCAGGGGGAGUGGUGUUUACAAUGUUGGUUUGCGACACGGAGAAAGUUCUUGGAUGCCAGACCGUAAAGGGCUGCUAGACAAAAAGCCGAGGUCGUCCGCUUAUUUCGAUUGAGGUAGCUUGACCUCCCUGACGUUGUCGAGAUAAGAGUAAGACGGUGGACAGUGAAGUAUGCAGUUUCCUCCACAGGGCAAGGUGGAGGCAUUCGGAUCUGGCCUGGAAAAAUGAAAACGCGCUGGCUGAUGCCAGGCGGCCGCCGCACUCUGUGGUUGGUGGUCGCCUGGUUGCUGGCCGGACUUGGCCUGUCAGUCCUCACCUUUGUUCUUCUGUGGAACAAGCAAGUGCACGCCCAAACUGCGGACCUCAGCGGGCGAUGCAACAAUGGGGCCCUGGUCUUGCAAGGGGAACUUUUUAAUCAGGUUUUCUCAGCAGGCAUGUACAAUGGCCUAAUCCACGCCUUUCCAAACAUCAGCGCAGCCGAUUUCCAGACAUUCGCCACCUUCACCAACUACAUCCUCCCUUACUGCGAGGGCAUUGCGUACGUGCGCUCCGUUCCAGGCGACCAGCGCGCCGUGCUCGAGGCUCAGCUCGGAACGACCUUCAAGCAAUACGCCCCCGGGUUGACCAACCUUUCUAUCCCUGCAUUCGUAACCCGGGCCAACGCUUCCGAAUACCUCGUGUCCUGGCGCAUCUCAAACAAACCCUACCAGCAGUUUUACGAAGGGUACGAUCUGUUGAGCGAUCCCGGCGCGACCAGGCUGGCGAUUGCCGCACGGGACACGUCUUUGCCCGUCCUUUCUGCCCCGUUUGCUGCACCCCUCGGGCAGGGCACGUCGCUCUCGGUGUUCUGGCCAUUCUACACGCAGAACCCGUUCCUGUAUCGGACCGUCGCGGCGCGGCGGGCCAACUUCAAAGGCCUAGUUAUGGCGGUCUUCAACGUCAAGAGCCUGUUCGACUCAGUGGUGGGGAAAUUCACAACCACACUCGAGGAGCUGAGCAUCUUUGACACGACAAACGCAACAGAUCCUAAGCGUGGGGGAACUCUGUUUUACAACGUCACAAAGUUGACCCCUGAGGAGCGUCGCCACGGCAAAAAGAUCAGCGCAGUGAGAAGCCAGGCAUUGGGAGGGCGAAUGUACAGGAUAGAGUGCGAGCAGUUCGUCAGCGUCGGCGAUCUGCUGGCCGACUCGCUGCCCUGGAGCUGCUUAGUCCUCUUGUUCGUUACCUUGGUGGCGCUGACUAUCCUUCUUGUUACCCGCCGCUUCCAACGAGACAGGGAGGAAGUGCAAAGAGUAGAGAAGCUGAACAAGGAUCUGGACGUCGCCCGCCAGACUGCAGUAUCGGCAGACAAGGCAAAGUCGAGCUUCCUUGCAAUGAUGUCACACGAACUCCGAACGCCAAUGACGGGUACAUUGGGAAUGCUGGACCUCCUCAGACUUACGCCAAUGACUGAGGAACAGUCUCUAUACGUGACCACGAUGCAAGGCUCUGCGGAGUCGCUCCUAGCGUGUCUCAACGACAUCCUCGACUUUUCCAAAAUCGAAGCGGGCCAGCUGCGGCUGGAGGAGAUUGACUUCGACAUCAGGGACGUCGUGCAGCAGGUCACGACGCUCUUCUCCGGCAAGCUGCAGGAGAAGGGGCUCCAAAUACACACGAAUCUGCCGCCCCCCAAUGAUUGUAAGGCCCGAGGGGAUCCCCUUAGGCUUCAACAGGUGCUGACAAACCUCAUUUCGAACGCCAUCAAGUUCACCGACCGAGGCAGCAUCAGCAUCAAUUGGCGGCGCCUUCAUGGAGCACACCUUAACUAUGGAGGGGGACACCCGUCCUCCUUUUCCUCGUUCCGUGCUGACGUGGCGGUCGACAUCGACGAGCCGGCCGACAAAAUCGAGGAGGACGAGCGGCCGGUCGGUUGCUUGCCGAGCGCCUUACGCAGGCGCCGAGUCCAAACUCUUUCCCGGGUCAGUUCGGACGCUUCGAACGGCAGCAAGAUGUCGGACGCCCCCGCCGGGUCCCUUGGUUCCCCUCGCAGCAGCGAGAGCGGUCAGGAUUCGGACGGGCUGUGGUACGAGUUCAGCGUCACGGACACGGGGCUGGGGAUCACGGAGGAGGUCCAGCAACGGCUCUUUCAGUCGUUCGUGCAGGCUGACGACAGCACGACCCGCAUGUUUGGCGGGACGGGUCUCGGUCUGGUCAUCUGCAAAAAGCUGGUGACUGCCAUGGGGGGCUCUAUAAGCGUACAGAGCCAGGUUGGGGAGGGGUCCACCUUUACGUGUGUUGUCUACCUGCGGCCACAACAACCGGGCACUCCCUCGGUGGUCGAGCUCCAACCGAGCGACGGUCGGCACUCAAACCGGUUGAGCGAGUUGACGAGUCAGCUCAUUUCCCUUUCCGAAGCCGCCAGUCAACCCGACCCGAGUCCAUCCGACCACUCUUUGACAGAAACGGUACCCGAAGCACAGCCCCAAGUGGGCACCAGUCAUCCCGAUUCUACAACGGUACCGCCUUCCCAAACCGCAGGGAACUACAGUCACAGUCAACCGGAGUCCCUCUUAGAAACGUCAGAUAGGAACACGGUUAAUGGAACAGUCAGUGGGGGCCUUUCCGAACGCAACCUUUCGGGGGUUACGUCAAGUCUGGAGCAGGGGCCGGAAUUCUUGGGUGGAUCAACCAGUCAAAAUGAACCAGGGUCAGUGACCUGCCUUAGAGGCGCGGGGGAGAUGAGCGGGAGCGAAAGCAGAGUGGGUAGGCGUUCCGAGGAAGCGCCUGUCGUGUACGGUGACAGCCCUCCAGAACGCCAAAGCGCCCCGAAGAUUUGGCCCCUUACGAAGGAGGCAACGAAGGAUAUCGAACCGGCGGCGCACAUUCUAGUUGCCGAGGACAACGUUGUGAACCAGAUGUUGAUAAAGAGAAUGUUGAAGCAGUUUGGCCAUAGUGUCGACAUAGUUGGCAACGGAGCGCUCGCAGUGGAAGCUGUGAAAACCAACGACUACGCGCUCUGCUUAAUGGACCUGCAGAUGCCAGUGUUGGACGGUAUCGGGGCCACUGAGCAGAUCAGGCGGUUGGACCCGCCAAAGUGCAACCUGCCAAUCUACGUUCUGUCUGCCGACGUUCUAGCCCAAGAAAAGUUUAGUCAAGACCUGAAGUUUGAUGGUUAUCUAACGAAGCCCAUCAAAUGGGAUGUCUUGCUAGCUUCGGUCGAGGAGAAGUUGAAGGCGAAGGGACUCUUAGCGCUUAAGGCGUGAACAAAAAGUUGCUUUCAUUCGCUAAUUUAAGCCCGGAUGGACCAGGAUGCACGCAUAUAAGCAUCCGAUAUAUGAACAAAAGGGCCAAAAUCAGGAACGGUAUAUAUUAGGCUGUGAGCUGAAGCAAACUAGAACGAGUUGGACAGUCAGAAGUGAGUGGUAGAGGCUAAAUAUCAAAUUACACUAGAUGUGCGAUCAGUGAAUGGUAUCAAUGCUUUAGCCACGGGUACUAAGACAUGAAUCGUGCAGGGCCCAAUGCGAUCAUCAGAAAAAAUACAGACUCCCUUAAGAGGCCCUGAGGAUUUAUGACACUGAGUAUGGACUUGAUCAAUAUUAA